AUGGCACUUAAGAAAGCUGGAGUUUUGGGCGCCACUGGGUCUGUUGGCCAGCGGUUCAUCCAACUGCUUAACGAACACCCACAGUUUGAGCUUGCCGUUUUGGGCGCAUCCUCCCGUUCGGCAGGAAAGAAAUACAAGGAUGCUGUUGACUGGAAGCAAACCAGUCUGAUGCCACUCAGCGCGGGCGAGAUCGUUGUCUCCGAGUGCACACCAGAGGCGUUCAAGGACUGCGCUGUUGUUUUCUCUGGUCUCGACGCCGAGUACGCAGGUCCAAUCGAGAAGGCCUUCAAGGAGGCGGGCUUGGUUGUCAUCUCCAACGCUAAAAACUACCGUCGUGAGCUUGAUGUUCCGUUAGUUGUCCCAACUGUCAACAGCGAGCACCUGGCUAUUGUCGAGAAGAAGGUCAAGGACGCUGCUGCUGCUGGUGAGGCCAAGCCAGGCUACAUUGUGUGUAUUUCGAACUGCUCCACCGCAGGUCUUGUCGCUCCACUGAGACCAUUGGUUGACAAGUUCGGACCGAUCGAACUGCUCACCACCACCACCAUGCAGGCUAUUUCCGGCGCUGGAUUCUCGCCAGGCUUCCCUGGUAUCGACAUCCUCGACAACCUUGUUCCAUAUAUUUCUGGAGAGGAGGAGAAGAUCGAGUGGGAGACCAAGAAGAUCCUCGGACAGCUUGCUGCUGACGGUAACAGCGUGCAGAACCUGUCUGACGAUGAGAUCCGCGUUUCUGCCCAAUGUAACAGAGUCGCUGUUUCUGACGGCCACACUGAGUGCAUCUCUAUCAAGUUCAAGAACAAGUCUCCAUCCAUCGAGGCCAUCAAGCAAUGUCUUAGAGACUACGAGUGUGAGGCCACUACUCUUAAGUGUCCAUCUGCUCCCAAACACGCUAUCCACGUUUUGGAGGAGGAAAAUAGACCACAGCCACGGUUGGACCGUGAUAGAGACGGGGGUUACGGCGUGAGCGUGGGCCGCAUUCGUGAAGACCCGGUGCUGGACGUCAAGAUGGUGGUUUUGUCGCACAACACCAUCAUCGGUGCCGCUGGAAGCGGUGUUCUCAUUGCCGAGCUAUUGUUGGCCAAGAACCUUUUGUAA